UUGCAUUUUUAUUUAUUUAUUCUUCGGUCUUGAAACGUGGGUGAUUUCUAUUUCUUCUUUUUCUCAUUUUUUAUUUUUAUCAGUCAUCUUGUUCCUCUUAUUACAUGUAUUGGUUUGGCUCGGAUAUGUUUUUCACUGAUUGCUUUUAGUAACUAGUAUAUAUUUCCAUACUUUUAUCUCGAGGGUAUGCGAUGAUGAUAUACUAUACUGUAUGUCCUUAUAUCUUCGACGGUUUUCUCCUCUUCUUUGCUCUUCCUUUUUUCUUCAUACAUAUUCUUUUGAUCUUAUGGGAUUCUGGCUGCACGCGACUUUCUUAUCUUAUUUUAUUUUAUCAUUUACGAGUUACUCUUUUCGGUUUUUUUUAUUGUGUGUGUUUGUGUUUAUGCUUGAAGUAUGGGAAAUUUCUACCAAAAAAUUCGAUGCGGGGUGUGAGAUGAGAAUGAGAAUGGGGUGUGAAUGGUAUGAGAGUUAUCAACACAAUAUAUAUAUCCUUUAUCACUCUGUCUUGUGUAGUUACCUCGUAGAUCUUAAACUAGUCGCAAUGAUGACGAUAAGUGAAAUACGAUAGAUGAAGUAUAUUUAUACAAAAACAAUGAAAAGCUCGUCUCUCUCUUUUUUUCUUCUUAUCUCGUCAAAAUAAACACUCCUUCGUUUCUCAUUUCGUU